AUGAGUAAAACGAUGAUAACAAUACGGUGAACGUGGUAUCCCAGAGAGGUUAGAAAAUCUGUUCGCUCUUAUUACGAAAAUUCUGAUGAGAAAGCAACGAAGAAAAAAAGUAGGAACUAUUCUUGAUGUUCACUUAUAUACAAAUUUACAAUUUAUUGUGUUUAUAACGAUAAUAUUGUAAAACUUUCUACGGUGAAUUGUCUUACAUGCGGUGUAGAAUAAAUGACGCUACUUUAUAAAAUAUCUCAACCAUUAUGGUCCCAGUUUUGCAAGUUUCACAAGAGGACAUAUAUGUUAUCGAAACAAAUCUAUAAUGCUAAGAAACUUAUUUCUUUGAAUGCCUUUAUCAGGGAAAAUGCAGAUAUAUAUGAGAGAAUGACAGAAAAUUUAUCAACUGUAGAAUGGAAAAACAUUCGAGAGGAAGUUCUUCAGAAAAAUCAACAAGUCACACCAGCCACCAUCGACUCCACAAUCAUAGAUAUGUGUCUUAAAGACUCCUACGUGGAUAAUGCUAUUGCGUACUUCAAAUUCUUGAGGGAAAAUAAUUAUCCCCUGAAUAUGGCAGUAAUUGGAAAAUAUCUCAGACUCUACGUUUUGAAACAAAACUCCUUGACUGACGCGGAUAAAAUGGAAAUUGUAGAAACUUACAAUGCUUUGAGACAGAAGCAUCCGUAUUUGGAUUCCUUUACAGCUGAAGAUUGCAUAAUGAGCUUAUGUUUGACGGAUGAAUGGGAGACAACACAUGAGAUAAUAGAAAUGCUGAAGCUUACCUCUCUUCCAGGCACCACGAUAUAUUCUGCAUUAGCUAGUGCAGCAUUUAGAAAUGGAAAACCUGAUGUCGCAUGGAAAGCAUUAUCAAACAUAACACAGCGCAAGAUGAUUCCACAAAAUAAUGUAUAUAUAUCGCAUUUACAAUAUUGCCAGUUGGAGGAUACAAAAACUUUUAACAGUAGAAUGGAAGAGAUGUUUAAUUUCUGGGCUAAUUAUGGUAUAACACCGUCAGAUAAAAUUAUAAGUACAUAUGCUGAUACAGCUAGCAAGAAUGGCUGGUCCACGGAGCUUGUAACAAUCUCCAGAAAAACGGGACAUUGUAGACAUUGCGGUUAUUCCUUGCCUGAAAUAACAUUUAGUGAAAAAGAAUUUCAGGAACUGGCGAAAUCUGUGAUAGAUAGGGUGAUCAUAGGAUCAGAUAUCUAUCGUAAGACUAAUCCAAAAGAAUUGUUGAAUUUUAAGAAAUUCGUUGAACAUACUAGACCUUACGACAUAGUGAUUGACGGACUUAAUCUAACUUAUACUCAGAGCAAGUCUCUACCUAAGUUACUAUGGCUAACCAAUGUAGUCGAGUAUUUUAGCAAAUAUAGGAAAAAAAUGCUGGUAUUGACGCGGAAACAUCAAAGGAAGCUAUCUGUUUUUAAGCAAGUAGAGCGGCAUGCACACGUCUUCUUAAUAGAUGAUUUAUCUGCUGAUGAUCCUUACAUACUCUACGCAACUAUGGCGAGCGGGAUAAACGCAAUGUUUGUCUCGUUGGACUUGAUGCGACAACAUAAGCACUCCUUGCGGGAUAACCAUUUACAGCAAACAUUUAGGAAAUGGCAAUAUUCGCAUCAGUACUUGAUCAAGCCAAGUAAAACUGGUAUCCGUAUCCAAGAGCCUUUUCCCUGUAUGCCAUUUGUACAGAAGAUUGAUAACUGUUGGCACUUGCCAUAUAUCAGCGAGGAUCUUACUUAUGUAGAAUCAUAUGAAUUUCCGAAUAAGUGGUACUGUUUAAAGCGCAAUGAAAAAAAAUAAAUGAUAUUUAAAACAUA